AUGGCAUGGUAUGCGAAAACAAGAUUCUACCAUAUCGUCGACCUGACUGCUUGGCAGCUAUAUCCAUGCCCAGAAUUGCUGACGCGAAUUUGCCCCCAAUAUCGACCAACAAUGUCACAACUACAACACCAGUAUCCAGCAAUAAUCGACUGGACACCAUUCCCAGCGCUGAGGGAUCGAUUGAUUCGGCUACACGCCGCAAAUCCCCAAAUCGACCAAAUAUUCGUCGACAUAGUCAGCAGCUACGUUGUCGAAGCCAGCAUGGCAGAUUUAGUCUUCGGUGCCCCGCAGACAACCGUCUACGUGCGGGUGACUGAUGUCGCCGAAGGCGCAGCUGCAUUGGGCACUAAAGAUAUUGAUCCAUCCACUAUUCUUCCAGCGCCUGAUGUUGCAUCACUGUUUUCUGUUGCGGAGUGUGCCCAGGCGGUGUUCAAACUGUUGAAUAUGGAUCACGGCGUCUCUCAGUACAAGCUUGAUCCUUCAUUCUUCGGGACAUAUCCUGAACUUUUUGAUCCUGAAAAUGAUAUUGCAGCGAAGGGGGUGCCUAUUAGGCCGAAUAGCCAGACCCGUUUGCCAUGUCCGAGACGCUUGAAUGAGCUGAUAUUUCGGACGUAUCAGAGUUUUAUGCAAUUUCAUACAUUUGCACCACUUUGA